UUGGUGAAGCUACAUAGCUAAUUCCUUGCGGGAGCUUGUCCCUACAGAAACAAGGAAAAUGGAGUCGUCUCUGCGAAUCCAAACUCAACAACUUCCAUCUCCCUCUGAAUUCGCUUCCCAGAUUGAAUUUUGAAACGUUCUCGCGGUGUUCGUUGGAUGCGUCAAGGAGUGGAAGGCAUUCUCCAGGUGGAAUCCCUCUAAUGGCAGCCUCGACUAUUUGCAGGUAAAUUCUUUUCCUUCAGGCUUUUUCUCCUUCGCGCACAGUGACAGAGCUUCUCCUCCUUUGAGCACGUCCCUUCUUCUUCUCCAAAGAACUGUGCGGACUACCACUUUUUCUCCUUCUCCUUCGUGCCAACUUCUCGUCUAAACAUGCGUCUCCAGUAGGCUACUGAUUGAAAGAUUUCAAAGUCUGUGUUUCUGUUUAUUAUGGUGUGGGUUUUGGGAGUUGUGAAUAAUCUGGGACAACUCUAGGGUUUUUAGGUUGAUUUGGUUGUGAAAAGCAACUCUGAGGGAAGUGAUGACUGAUGGAAAAGAGAUUGUGAUUAAUGAUGGGGAAGAGCGAUAUAAAAAACGGGAGAAAAAACGGAAGAGGGAUAAGGAUGGUGGUCAUAUCAUGGAUAUAAACAACAUAACUGAUGGGGAGGGAGAAAAGCUGCUGGAUGAGAAUAUAAUGGAAAAGGCAGAGUCUUCAAGGAAGGAAAGGAAGAAAAAGCAGAAGAGGAGGAAAAAUCAUGAUGGUGCAAUGGAAGCUUUGUCACAGGAGAUUUCUGCUGAGGAACCUAAAGAGGAAAGUUAUGUAGUAGAACAGAGAGAGUUUGUCGAGCAUGAAGGAGAUACCUGUUUAACUAAGAAUGUGGAUAGAAAAAUAUUUGUUGAUGCUUCAGACGAUAACUGCUACAAGAAGAAGACGAAGAAGAAGCAGAAAAAGAAGAAGCAAGAGGAUGAAGAGAAAGAGAAGAAUAAGACACUGUCAAUUGAAAUUGGUUCAGAUGAACAAGGUCUUGAAGGAGUGCAAAGAACCAGAAAGGAUGGUGAUAUUAUUGCCCCAUCAAAAAAAUCUAUAAGCAAAGACAGAACUAGGAGAGUAAGUUUUAGUGAUCAUGUGGAGGUUUUUCCGUUAUCUGAUGGUCCUAAUAAUCAGAAGAAUGAUCAGGAAGAUGGCUUAGUGCAUGGUAAGCGAUUCUCGCCUCAGGAAGAUGAGAUGGUUAAAGCAGCUGUUCUCAAAUAUAUAGAGGCUCAUAGGUUAGGUAAAGAAGGUGUUGAGAUGGUUUUAAACUGCAAAUCUCACCCUGAAACGAGGCAGUGUUGGAAGGAAAUAGCUGCUGCCUUACCUUGGAGGCCCCGUGAAAGUAUAUAUUAUCGAGCCCAUACUUUGUUCGAAAGAGGCGAGAAGCGUCAGUGGACUCCUGAAGAGUAUGAAAAGGUCAGGAAGUUCCAUGAAGAACAUGGAUCAGAUUGGAAAAUGUUAGCUGGUGAAAUGGAAAAGCAUAGGAUUCAUGUAAAGGAUACAUGGCGUAGAAUAAAAUUGCGCAAUACAAGGAAAGGACAUUGGUCCCAAGAUGAGUACCAGAAUUUGUUUGAUUUAGUAAAUGUGGAUCUCCAUAUGAAGGCCUUACAGGAAAAGAAAUCCAAGCAUGGGUUGCUACGAGAUAAUAUCAGCUGGGAGGCUAUUAGUGACAAGUUGUUAACCAGAGCCAGUGCACUUUGCUGCAUGAAAUGGUAUGACCAAUUAACAUCACCUAUGGUAGCUGAAGGUAAAUGGUCUGAUACGGACGAUUAUCGCUUGCUGAUUGAGCUUAAUAACUUGGAUGCUUGCUGCAUGGAAGAGGUAGACUGGGACAAGCUCUUGGAGCAUAGGUCUGGAGAUGUAUGUCGAAAGAGAUGGGGGCAAAUGGUCAAACACUUAGGUGCAUAUGGAAACAAGUCAUUUGCUGAGCAAGUCGAAGUUCUUUCCAACCGGUAUUGCCCAGAUGUACUUGAACCAAGAGAGAUAUAUGAGAGCAAACCUAGCAUUCCAUGAAAUCGGCAUGCUACAAUGUGGUUCUGUCCUUGAUUGGUUUUCUCCUGAAUAACCGUUGUUGCAUGAUUGCAUCCCACAGAUCUGCAAUGCAUUCCACCAUAUGAGGCUAUUUCUAAGCAGGCUAAAGCGUUGAUGGCCCUUUCAUAACUGGCUGGACGAUCUCCUUAGAGAGGAUAACAGAUAUUGCCAAGACAAAGAGACUGAUAUUCACUUUUGUUUUGAUAUUUGGCUUAGCUCUCUAUCAAGUUUUGGCUUUCAAGCCACUGUAUGAACUUGUUAGAGGCCAUGAACCUUACUACUCAGUAUUGGUGUAUCCUUUAGUCUCUUUUCUGUUUUUCCUGUCGUACUCUUGUUCCUUCUGUCCAAGUCCUAGUAAUUGUUAUGUAAGUUGAAUUAUCUAAUGUUAGUUGGGCAAGUAUUUGCAUCAUAAUAAUAUUUGUGUACUAUCUCUCAGCCUUCUUGAAACA